UCUGGGAGACCCCCUGCAGGCGAGAACAGUUGCGCUGCGCUGAAGCAGGGGCUCCAGUCAACUGCGGUUUCAAUAGUGAUCAAGAACAAGGGCUUUCAUAUGGAGUUAGAGACAACAGUUGAGCUCCAGCUUGGUAGCGCGUUCAAGGACGUCCGACUUUUGCUGCUUCACACAUGGCCCAGUGGGGUCUAUGUGGACCCCUACCAGCUUGCUUUCCUCAGCGAUGCAGUUGAUUGGCAGAUAUUAGUGGAUUCGGCCAUUGACCUGGAGGUGCCAGCACACAAGACUUCUGGAUUCGUCGCCUACGUUUAUCCUGCCUUCAGUGAACAAACUCCCGGCGUGCUCAACAUUAGCAUCCCCAUCCACGGGCGCUAUCACCAGCCCUCCUUUGACGGGGAAACGUUUGAAUCUAUCGCCAUAGAACCCCCAAAGCUGCUUUUGCGCACAGAGAAAUGUUCACAGCUGGCUGAUUUGGAGCCUCACACGGCAACGGAAGCACCCUGCACCGCUGACAAUACGAGCAUGUGUCUGUGGAUUCAAGUGCAACAGAAGCAGCGGCCUGGCGACGUGAUCUUGCGUUUCCCAGUGGGCGACGGUUCUCUGGUGACGCCCGUGUGCGGCGUGACACUGGCCGUCACCAUGAUCUGCUGUUGGGUGCUGUCCAAAUACAUGUGGAAGCAGCGGAUCGUUUAAAACGCUGUGCUGCUUGCAAGUACAGAUCGAUGUCAACUUGGUGAAUGCUCCUAAACAACCAGUAAUGUGCAGAAGCCUCCGCGCUUAAUAUAUGUUCAGAAAUUGCAGCAAUAGUCGAACGACUUCCUGAAUCAGCGCUGGUCCAGGAAGUGGUUUGUUGCCGCGAUUUAUAAGGAUACACCAUUC